CAGCAGUAAACUCUAAAUCAGGAUUUACCCCCAAAAUUAUUAUCUAGUUUCAUAGAAAGAGAGAGAAGAGAAAAAAAAUGUCAGGAAGAGGAAAGGGCGGCAAGGGUUUGGGAAAGGGCGGAGCAAAGCGGCACAGGAAGGUUCUCCGGGAUAACAUCCAAGGCAUCACCAAGCCUGCGAUUCGCCGCCUUGCCCGCCGUGGCGGCGUUAAGCGCAUAAGCGGCCUCAUCUACGAGGAGACUCGCGGCGUUCUGAAGAUCUUUUUGGAGAACGUCAUCCGCGACGCCGUCACCUACACCGAGCACGCCCGCCGGAAGACGGUCACCGCCAUGGACGUUGUCUACGCGCUCAAGAGGCAGGGCCGCACCCUCUACGGGUUCGGAGGCUGAGAAUUUCUCGAUUUACGGCUGAGGAUGGUGAUAUUUUGUGUAGAUUUGGGAAUUAUUCUUAGGGUUUAUCUUUUAGGGUUUAUGUAGGGAAUUUGGGGAUCUGGUACUGUUCAAUUGUCUGUUUUUUUUUUUUUUUAUUUGAAUCAAAUCGAGUUUAUUACUUUUGUUCUAACGCAGUUAUCAAUUAAUUUCAAUUUUA